AUGAGCGCAUCAGCAGAGAAAAAAACGCAAAAAGAAUGGCCGUUUGAAAUUCUGGCGGUGCUUAUUAAAAGCAUCUACUUCGAAACGGAAAUUGCCAGGUCGUCGAUAACGCUGAAUGACGCAUGCGAGCGUUUUUUCUACGAAAUUGGCGACCUAAGUGAAAUGUUCCCGUUUUCGCAAUGUGUGUUGAGGUCAUACAAAUUGUUGACCUCCAAAGAAGUUUUGGAUAAACGAAUUGCACUGGACACCUCACAGAAAGCAAUGAUGCUCUUCAAACUGAAUCUUCAGCCAGACCCAAGUGUCUUGGAUCUACUGCUCGAUCAUCCGGAUGUCACUGAUCAGAAAUGUAUUGAAUGGCUGCUAGAAAUAAAAGAGGUGCAGAUGAAGAAAAAAAGUCAGGCUGGCCCGUCGAGCAGCAACAACGUCGGAUUGUCGGCUAAAAGAAAGCGACAAGGAUCAGCCGAAGAAAGACAAGCAAAGGAGAGAAGACAAUCCUCUUCCAAAACGGACUCCAGACAAGCAUCGGAGGAAGCUGGUCCAGGACCCUCGAUGGAUUCAAGUUAUGCUGAAGAAGGAGCCUCUUCAUACGAUGCGAAUCCUGAAUUAGAGAAGCACGAUUAUAGAAAUACAACUCGAAAACUUGGCAAGAGAGAUGAAGACUUCGACAAAGUCGUCCAGGAUGUGUCUUCCAGAAAAAGACAUUCUGGCCAUGUGUCUGUGGAGAGAUGCAUCGAUUUUUUCCUCCAUUUGGAACAAUGCCACAAGAGAAAGGCGUACAACUUUGUUCACGUUUGUGACGAAGUCGAGCUCAAACUCCGAUUCUUCAAAAAAUCGUCUUCGGAGCUGAACACAUUUCAGUCAAAGAGAUCAGUACUGAAACACAAAGAAGUGCGGCUAACGAUCAUGUUAACCGCCAAAUCAACCGGAGCCAAACAUCUUCCUUACAUUCUUAUAAGAGAGGGAGAAGGCCAAAAACGGGCGAUGAGAGUUGAAGUUCCAAGAUGCAAGAAGUUGUUCAGUGGAAAGCUAAACUUGGCCUCGACCUCCCUUCCACACUUCACUCCCAAGGAUAUGAUUUCAUUUUUGAAAUCCGGAAGUGGACCAGAUGAGAGUUACAUCAAUCAAAACUUACUCAUCUGGGAUUCAAACAUCGCCCACAACCACAAUGAAGUCAUUGACUUUUUGAAUCGACGGAAGACUGAUGUUGUUUGCUUUCCAGAGGAAGAGAACAACACUCUUCAGAUCGCAGACCUCUUCUGGAAACCCAAGCUGCUGGUAGGAAUCAGGAACAACUACAAGCAGUGGUGGAUCGAGACAGGACACCUCCAAACAGAGCCACCAUCAAUGGAAGACUAUCUCCCAUGGAUUGUCGAUGCCUGGAACUCGAUCACCAGGAAGGAAAUAGUCGACUCGUUCGCCUCUUGCGGCUUGGACAUUGGAAGUGGAGGAAUCGACCCAUCCAAAAUUCGAUGCUUCAACAAAGGAGGAGCAUUGGAAAAUCAUGUUGGCUUGUUGGAUUCAAGAAGGCAAUUAAGAGCUCAGAAUAAGGAAGACUUCGAAGAUUACGUGACGAUCUCCAACGUUGACAUAAGUUUUGAAGAGGAGGCAGGCGCAGAUCCACAUCUCCUCCAAGCCGUCAAGGAUGUUUCUCGGGAAAAGAAGUGCUUCCUGAAAAUCGGUGUCAUCGAAUGCAUCGAUUUUUUGGUGACUCUGGAGCACAUGAUGUUGAGAAGAAGAUACCAACAAAUUUUGGCCAUCAACGAAGUGGAUUUAUGUUUCAGCUUUCAGAAAAAAGCUCCGCUCUGGCAAAAGCAGGCAACGUACCACAAGGUGCGCAUCACGGUGCUGCUCGCAGCCAAGUUGGACGGAUCCAAAUGCCGACCGUUCGUGGUUCUUCCAAGUAAAAGGAAAUUAACUGGAAAGGAGUGGAAGCAGUUCGCGACGAUAAAAAACCAAUUCAAAUCGCGUAUCGAGCUGAAUGCGAAACCGGAGUCGUCAAUCGACUCUUCUGAUUUGAAAAGACUUCUUCCAACAUUUCUCGGAAGAAGCCAAACCACAAGAAAACUGGUCGUGUGGGAUUCACGAAGCAGCCAUGAAGAAAUGACUCGAUUCUUGAAAAGUCGGGCGGUGGAUAGCAUUUUGGUGCCAGAGAACGCAGUUGAAGUGUUGCAAGCAGCCAACAUCUACUGGAAGCCGGAAUUCAUUGCAAAUCUCCGAGAAAACUUCCAGAACUGGCGUGAGACGUCGGCAGAUCCAACCCCGGACGUCCCAGCCAAUGAUGUUUUUGCUUCUUGGAUUGCCGAUUCAUGGGAAAGAAUCCCAAAGAACAGAAUUCAAGAAUCGUUUGUUGGGACCGGGCUGAGCGGAUGGAGGGGACAACUGGAUGCAAAUAGACUCCACUGUUUCGGAGUGAAUGGAAAGCUGGACGGUCACAGAAACCUUAUGGAGAAAAGACGAUCGAUUCUUGCCACUCAUAUGGAUCUUGUUCAAGUUGAAGAUGAGGAAAGUGAGGGAGAGGAAGAUGUCGAUGAAGAAGUUGAACUAGAAGGAGUAGAGGGAAAUGCCGACGAAGAUCUUCAGGGAGAAAGACCAGAUGAAGAAGAACUCGAGGAAGAAGACGUGGAUUUGGAGUUUGACGUUUUCGAUGCAAACAUGAUUGCAGCAGCCUUCAAUAUAGAAGGAAAUGCAAGACCCGCUAUUCAAGAUGCUGAAAGAAUUGAGAGCGGAGAAGAAGAAGAAAAGGGGGAAGAUGAGGAAGAAGCAGAAGACAACCACGAAGUCCACAACGGACGACUUGACAGAAUGGAGGAUGAAGUCGAGGACAAAGAAUUGGAUGAAGAUGGAGCGGAAGAAACCGAUGAUGAGCAAGAACCAGCUGAAGAAGAUGAAGAAAAAGAAGAAAAUGAUGCAGAAGAAUCUGGUCCUGCCAACCCGAAGGCAAUGUCGUUGCGAGAACCUUCGCCGGAAAUGAUGCGGAACUCACAGUCGACGUCUUCAUCGUCGUCAAACGCGACUUCGCAGCAACCAUCUUCACCCGCACAAAUAGAAACCCAGCGGAAUCCGGAGCUUCAAAAACCAAUAAAGGCUCAUCUCAUCCUUCUAGCUCUCCGAGAGUGUGCGUCCACAAUGUCGCGACGUCUCUUCGACGAGUUCUUGAAAACACUCGAGAGACAACGCUACCUGACCGAUGUCAACAAGACGGUCCCACUUGAAAUAUUGGUAGACUCCGUGGAGUCUAUCGAGAGUCGCCUCGUCGGCAACAAGACUCCUCGUGGCGAUGAAACCAACUCCGUUUCCCUGUCCGUCGCAUUGGCUGGAUUUGAAAGCUUCUUAGCAACAUUGAAUGAAGAAGAAUUCCAACAGCACUUGGUUCGAAUCCGGGAGCUCAAGGCCAAAUUCGAAAAUCAAGAAUUCAAUGUGCUCUUCGAAAAAAUUGUCUUCUUCUUCGACCACAUCUUUGUAUCCGCCUGUCAAUGA